GGACAGCUAGGAUGCAGCUGGACGAUCUAGACUUCUCAGAUGAUCUGACUCUUCUAUCGCACACGUAACAAUAUGCAGGAGAAGACGACCAGUGAAGCAACAGCCUCAGCAGAAGUAGGUCUCAACAUUCACAAACGGGAAAGCAAGAUUCUCCAACUCAACACAACAUGCAACAAUCAAAUCAUACUUGACGGAGAGGAUUUGGAGGAGGUGAAAACCUUCACAUAUCUGGGCAGCAUCAUUGAUGAACACGGUGGAUCUGAUGCAGAUGUGAAAGCGUGGAUCAGCAAAACAAGAGCAGCAUAUUCACAACUGGAGAAUAUCUGGAACUCAAAACAACUGCCUGUCAAUCAACACCAAUGUCAGAAUUUUCAUUACAAAUGUCAAAACAGUUCUACCGUAUGGGGCGGAAACCUGGAGAACUAAGAAAGCCAUCAUCCAGAAGAUACAGGUGUUUGUUAA